AUGGGCAACAAGCAGACAGUUUUCACUCCGGAACAGCUUGACGCAUAUCAGGAUUGUACCUUCUUUACAAGGAAAGAAAUUCUGAGGCUAUUUUAUCGUUUUCAGGCUCUGGCUCCUCAGCUGGUUACUCUUGACUACACCAGCAAUCCUGGUGUGAAGGUGCCCUAUGAGGUCAUCAGCAGCAUGCCUGAGCUAAAGGAUAACCCAUUCCGAGAGAGGAUUGCUCAGGUCUUUUCCCAGGAUGGGGAUGGGAACAUGACCUUGGAUGAUUUUCUGGACAUGUUUUCUGUGAUGAGUGAAAUGGCUCCUAGAGAUCUAAAAGCAUAUUAUGCUUUUAAAAUUUAUGAUUUUAACAACGAUGACUAUAUCUGCCCGUUGGACCUGGAGAAGACUAUGAUCAAGCUCACUCGAGGUGAGCUGACUCCUGAGGAAGUUGGCCUUGUGUGUGAGAAGGUGAUUAAUGAAGCUGAUGUGGACAACGAUGGCAAACUCUCUCUGGAUGACUUUCAAAACAUGAUUCUACAUGCCCCAGACUUCCUCAGCACCUUUCACAUCCGAAUCUGAAGUGUAGCUGGCAAGCCUGGUCCAGCUUGGCCCUCCCCAGCACUACUGUACCUCCAGCAUCCACCCUCAUCUAUCUGUCCCUACAGCUGGAUCCACUCACCUCAGUCAUGACCCUGGCACCCCAUUCUUCUCUAUAGUAAAUUAGGUUUGAUUCAAUCAUGUUCCAGUAUGCCAUCCAUUCCCAACAUCUACUCAGUCAGCCUGCCUCUGACCUAGUAUUCCAUCUCUUUGACCCUAGAGUCAGACCUGGUGUUUUAUUCCCCAGCACCUUGUCUUUUUCUAUAACUAAUCUUGCCUGAUCCAGCCAUUGUCAGUAUCCCAGAUUAGCCAUGACCCCAGGACUCUACUCAUCUGUUCCUAGCCUGGAUAUGAUCCAACCUCCCAUGCUUUCCCAUAACCAACCUGGCCUGAUUUAGCCAGUCCCAAUGUCCUAUUUAUUUCUGUAACCUGGUCGACCUGGCCAUGACUACAGUUCCCCAUCCUUCCCUGUGACCAGCCUGACCCCGCCUAUUAGCCUAUCUACCCCUACAGCUGUUCUUUCUUGGUCUAAUCAUGACCUAGUUCCCCAUUCAUCCCCAUGACCCGUCUGACCUGGCCCAAAUAUGAAGCAACUGCCUCAUUAGAAUGG